AUGGGCUUCUUGUCCAAGCUUAAGGCCGAUUCGGCUUCCUCACAUUCCCACCACGAUACUCACCUUGAGUUCGAUGAUGGUAACACUGUUGACGGACCUGUCAAGUUUUUGACAUGGCGUUCGUUUAUCAUGGGUCUGUGCGUCUCUAUGGGUGGUUUCAUUUUUGGUUACUCCACUGGUCAGGUCUCUGGUUUCACCAGUAUGGACGACUUCAAGGAGCGUUUCGCUGCGUACAACGAUGUCACCGGAGAAUAUUACUUCAGCAACGUCCGCAACGGUCUUAUUGUCGGUUUGCUAUCUAUCGGUACCAUGAUUGGCGCUCUCGUUGCUGCCCCCAUUGCUGAUCGCAUUGGCCGCAAAUACUCCAUGACUUUCUGGUCUCUCAUGAACAUGAUCGGUAUCAUCAUCCAGAUCGCCUCCAAGGACGGCAACUGGGUCCAGGUCGCUAUGGGCCGUUGGGUUAUGGGUCUCGGUGUUGGUGCCCUGACCAGUAUUUGCCCCAUGUACCAGAGUGAGUCUGCUCCCAAGCAGGUUCGUGGUGCCAUGGUCAGUGCCUUCCAGCUGUUCUGUGCUUUCGGUAUCUUGAUCUCCGAUAUUGUCAACUUCGGUACCGAGCGCCUGCACAACACUGGAGCUUGGCGUAUCACCAUGGGUAUCGGAUUUGCCUGGCCCCUCGUUCUCGGUAUUGGCUGCUUUUUCCUCCCCGAAUCUCCUCGUUACGCCUUCCGUCACGGUCAAACCGAGUAUGCCCGUGAGACUAUGUGCAAGCUUUACGGUCUUCCCGCCAACCACCGCAUCAUCCGUGAGGAGAUGAAUGAGAUGAAGAUCAGUCUCGAGCACGAGCAGGCCAUCGGCCAAGCUGCCUGGUACGAGAUUUUCACCGCACCUGCUAUUCUCUCCCGUACUUUGAUCGGUAUGGCUCUCCAGUCUAUUCAGCAGUUGACUGGUUGCAACUUCCUUUUCUACUACGGAACCAGUAUCUUCGCCGGUAUUGGUAUCAGCAACCCCUUUGUGACUCCCAUCAUUCUUGGUGCUGUCAACUUCGUUAUGACCCUGCCCGGUCUCUACGUUGCUGACCACUACGGUCGCCGUAACUCUCUGAUGAUUGGUGGUGUCUGGAUGUUCAUUUGCUUCAUGAUCUGGUCUUCUGUCGGUCACGAGAUCUUGGAAAUCAACAUCAGUGACAAGCCCGCCGGUACCGCCGCCAUUAUCUUCACCUGCUUCUUCAUCUGUGGUUUCGCUACUACUUGGGGUCCUAUGAUUUGGGCCAUCUGUGGUGAGAUGUACCCUGACCGUUACCGUGCCACUUGCAUGGGUCUGUCCACCGCCACCAAUUGGUUGUGGAACUUCCUCAUCUCCUUCUUCACCCCCUUCAUCUCCAGCGCCAUCGACUACGAAUAUGGCUACGUUUUCGCCUGCUGCUCUUUGCUGGGUGUCUUCAUUGUCUUCUUCUUCGUGAACGAGUCUCGUGGCCGUACUCUUGAAGAGGUCGACACCAUGUAUGUCUUGGGUGUCCGCCCAUGGCAGAGCGCCAACUGGGUGAUGCCUGACCGCAACAACCUAGCCAAGGAGACUGAGCACAGUGACUCCACUGCUGCUGAGGUUUCUGAAGAGAAACAGUAG